GGAGACCCCGCCCCCCUUAGCGGAGGUUCUGCGGAAGGAAAAAAAAGUCGUAUAAGCAGACCUAGAAGACAUAUUUGCAGCGCAUAAUCAGACAGUAACGAUUUUCGUCUCCUGCUGCAAACGCUACAGCACAAGCGGGGACUGACUCUGGAGCAGGCUUUGGACGCAGUAACGUCGGCAAUGAUAAGCCGCCACGUCGAACGGGUCCGAAUAGAAGCAUCACGGCAGUGGACGAGAUAUCUGACCUUUCUGGCGAAGGCGAAGACGUUUUAUCACCCCGCUGGACUCUUCGGAGACCGGGCCUGGCCCGAAGUAGAGCGGUCCCGUUUCUCACCUAUUCUCGAUGUGAUUGGUCCCGUUUACACUCACCUAUUUUACGUCCCCUCUACAAUCACACUUCCUAUUUUGAUUACAAGCCAAAGAAGCUUGCUACGUACACUUAGUUUUUUCGCUGCAGUAUAUGCAUUGCAAAUAUGUCGGGGCCAGGGAAUUUCUGAUGCUAGUUUAUGUAUUCUCGGCGGCGAGGACACGGCAAUAGGCAGCCACGCGCGGCGAGCUUCUGGGCUCCUUGUCCUCUGUGAUCGUGUUUCGCUUUCUGCGUGAUAAAUUACUUACAUUCUUGUGCGACAGGCAGGAGGCUCUCUCCUGCUCACGCACUACAGGCUCAGGAGCCACGCGUGACAAGCAUGACAAACUUCGAGACCCAGACAUAUUUGCAUUGGAUAGCUUAUUCUCACGAAGAAAGCGAGAGCACCCAUAGAUAGUCAAGGUUUUUUUCAAGCACGUGACGCGCAGAUCUAUACUCCUCAGCACCACACCACUAUAGCUGAGUCCCCGUAGAUACAGCGUUGAUCAAGUUGUAUUGCAAUAACAGUUCCAAUGAUCAGCGCCCACGGGCUGGCCUCGCCGGCAGUGAGGUGGAUAGAUCCGCUUUUUACUUUUUCUAUGUUUUUUCGACUUUUUCAAUGAUUUUCGCGCUUUUUAGUGAAAAAGUCGCGCUUCAGCGAGCGACUCAAGUAGAAUUAUUAUAAAACUACUGAUAUUACUUUUAUUCUAUUUUCUUCUCUUUAUUUUCUCCUUUUCUCUGUUUUUUUUUACUUUUUCUGUAGAAUAUUGUUAUGUAGGUCAGUUUACCACAGCCGCUUGAUGCUUUAAAUACGUUGACAAAGUGAAAACUUACAUUUGAUUUUGCAUGGCUAACCACAUUCCAGUGACGCAAGACUAUUCUAGUCUGGCUCACAUGGGGAACAAAGAUGGUGGGGCACGCGCGCGCGUCGGUUCGUUCUUUCGGAUUCGCAAAAUGGCAUGAGAGCGAGAUAGAAGAAAAUCGCGCUCGUUUUUUCAAAUUAAUGUGUAGCAGCAAAAAAAAAAAUUGUCGCGCACGCGAAGCCGUCGCGCAGCCGUCCGGGCCGCUCGGCCGCCCCCGCGCCGGGGCGCAGGGCGGUGCCGCUCGCGCCCCUGGAAGCCUUCCGCUCCACCGAGCGCACCGUGGCGCCGCGAACGCAGCGAAGAGGCGCGAGCGGCCCGGGCGGUCCGAGCGGCGCAGCCGCCCGGGCCGCUCGCUGCGCCGCUCGAGCCCGUCCCGCUCCCGGCAGCGGCCCGGAGCGCCGGCAAGGGCCCGAGCGGCCGGAAGCGCCCCGAGCGGCGCGGGCGGCGCCAGGCCGGAAUUCCGACCGGCGCGAGCGGUCGUGGGCGCGCGGCGGCCGGAAGUCUCGGGGCCUGGCCGCUGGUGGUCCAGGUGUUCGGGCCACAUGGUAGGGGCCCCAGGCUAAGAGUGCAGUCGCAUUUUCGAAAAAAGUGCGGAUUUCUCGGUGUUAAAUUUGAAAAGCGGCAAGACCCUGGCUCAGAUCAUGGCGGCGCGCUGUGCGGCCAACGUGGCGACCCCGGUCGGAGGCGCGGCGCUUUGGACGGAUCCCAUACAUGACAAAAAAUAUUUAAAAUCCUGAACACAUUUAAAGACCCUAACGGUUGUGGUAGAACUGACCUACUUGAAUAUUGACUUUUUCAAUAAUUCUUGAGUUUUUCUCUGUUUUUCUUGUGUUCGAUGAUUCUCACCUCUAACCCUGCUCGACCAAGGAGGACAGCUUGAUGUAGUGACUCUUGUAAGCUUGCGCAGGCCACUAGCAAAGAUCCUGUCCCGGAGGGCCGCCGAUUUUUUCUAUUUUUUUUUCAAAUUUUAAAUUUUUUUGCAUCCACUUCCUGAACGUGGUGCUCGACUUUGUUGCUCUGGGAAACGACGCUACGCCUUUUUGCUGCAGUCGGAUGACGGGGACGGCCUCGAACUAUA